CGCCAAGACGCCAGAAUCAUCGUCGGCCUGUUUUAUGAGACGGAGGCCAGGAAAGUCUUCUGUGAGGUGUACAAGGAGAAGCUGUACGGGAAGAAGUACGUGUGGUUCCUCAUCGGCUGGUACGCAGAUAACUGGUUUAAGAUCAAGGACCCGUCUAUUAACUGCACCGUGGAGCAGAUGACGGAGGCCGUGGAGGGUCAUGUGACCACUGAGAUCGUCAUGCUCAACCCAGAGACAGUGCGCGGAGCCUCCAACCUGCAGCAUAAAAACAUCUUUAAAGCAGCAUCAGUGUGUUUCCUCAGGAUCAUCCUCAGUUUCCUCUGCAGCCACACACCUGCUGUCGAGGGUUUCAGUGAUGCCAAAGCAGCAGUCGGCUGUCGUUUCACCCAGCUUGUUUUUAUAGCGGGGCAGA